UCUUGGCGAAGGGCGGAAGUUUUCCUGCGCGGCGGAGGCGAGUGCGCCGUUACACCGGGCAGAGGGCGGGCUGGGGCCUGCUUCGGCCCUUCCCCAGCAAGGGCAGGCCGGGCCGGGGAGGAGGGUUCUCCCUGCGCCGCGGUGCGGGCCUUGUCACCUCCCGGGGCUGGGCCCAGAGCCUGUCUCGCCGGGAGCCCGUGUCGAUUCUCGGGCUGACAGCCUGCUCCGUGCAACGUGCGAGCCCUGACGGCCCUCGGAUGGUAGAAUAAAGUGCGGGAUUGUGUCGCAGUGAGGAAAUAUUCAGUUUGGGGGUGUGAAUUCCCCCUCGGCAGGCUGCCCUCCCUGUGGGAUGAGCUCUCUGCCACCCGCCGCCCUCCUCGCACUCAUGGGACUGCUCUUUGCCAGGACGAUGGCCUGGACUUCCAGUGGCAAGACGCACCCCGAGCUCGUCAACAACCUCUACAAAAAAGGGAUAAUUAAAUCCCAGCGAGUGUUUGAUGUGCUAUUGGCCACGGACAGAGGUCACUACAUCAAGUAUUUCCCAUACAUGGAUUCUCCUCAAUCUAUCGGAUACAAGGCUACAAUCAGCGCACCGCAUAUGCAUGCCCACGCACUGGAACUGCUGAAGGAUCAGCUUGUGGAAGGUGCGAAAGCGCUGGACGUUGGCUCUGGAAGCGGAUAUCUCACGGCCUGCUUUGCCAGGAUGAUGGGCCCAACGGGGAAAGCUGUGGGUGUAGAGCACAUUAAAGAGCUGGUACACGAGUCCAUCAGAAACGUCCAAGAAGACGAUCCAACGCUGCUCAGCUCUGGCCGUGUAAAGCUUGUGGUUGGAGAUGGCAGGCAGGGAUAUCCUGAAGAAGCUCCAUACGAUGCCAUCCACGUUGGCGCAGCAGCAGAAACUGUACCAAAGGAGCUGCUGAAUGAAUUGAAGCCGGGAGGCCGGUUGAUAUUGCCUGUUGGUCCCGAAGGCGCAAACCAAGUUCUGAUGCAGUACGACAAAACGAGCGAUGGGCAGAUCGUCGAAACGCAACUGAUGGGCGUCAUCUACGUUCCCCUGACAGAUAAGGAAAAGCAGUGGCCUCGGGAUGAAUUCUGACAGCGGGAUGGAUAUCUCUAGCGUGACCUCAGAAAGCUCGGGAACAGGACUGGUGACUGUAGAUGGGCUGCCUGGUUUUGCUUUUUGAGCAGAAGCUUUCUCAGCAGAGGCGCUUGCGAGGGCAAAUCCUGCUUUCGCAGAGCUUGUUAGGGAGGGAUGGACGGAGAAAAGGGUGUUUCUCCGGCAGCAGGAGCAGGGGAGACUCUCGGAGGCCAUGUCUGCUCCCAGGCAGCACGUGGAUGCAGAUAACUCCGGCUGUCCUCCUGGUAAGCUGUAGGUACCAUCUAUUCACAGGGAAUUCCCAAUGCAGGCAGGAAUACUUAAAUCUUCACUAAAAAUACUCUUUAAUAUUGACUACUCUGCCUAAUGCUUGAAGAAAACAAGACGCAAUUACUGUUUCAGAGCGGCGAUCUACCCUGGUUCGUCAAAGUUUAAUUACGAGAGCAUGUUCUCUUCCCCUCUUGCAUCAACUAAUUUAAUUGCUGGUUGCAACACUGAGAAUUUUGGGGUUCAGAAAGAUUACAGUCUCUCGUUUUUUUUCCUCCUCCCGCUGGUGCUGGGGGGCUCAGGUGGGCGCAGGGAGGCAUGAGGGCUCUUCUGGAACCGCUGGAAUGAUGGAACGGAUACUUUUUCGUGGAAAUAAAGGUGAUCCUGCCCUGAGCCAUCUGCAGCAGCUCACGUUCUGUGCCAGUUGUCUUCCCGUUGAAUCGCCGUUUCCCCUCACUUUCCCCUCCGCCCGAGGCUCUGUGCUUUUGUGGGGUUUUCUCUUCCCCCCCCCCCCCC